GACCGCGAUCGCUCUGCGAGGCCCCUUCGCAGGCUCCUGGGAGCUCACGGCGGUGCAACCGACCAGCAGGCAGGUGGACGCCCCUCCCCGGCUCGCAGCGCUGAACGCCCGAGCGCCGCGGCCACUGCAGCCGCGGGAAGCUGCGCUCAGGCCGGCGCGCGCGGGGCUCCCCCGGGGGCUCCUGGAGGGGCGCGGGCCCCAGGGCCGGCUUCUGUGGAAGUGACACAGCUGGGCCACCCAUGCGCGCCCCCCGGUGCCCCGAGCGCGGCCGCCCGGCCCUGCAGCUGCUGCUGCUGCUGCUGUUGCUGUUCGCGGCGGCGCCGCCGGGAAGCGCAGUUCCCUGUGUCUCUGGUGAUUUGCCUAAGCCUACAGAUGUCACCUUCUUGUCCAUAAACAUGAAGAAUGUUCUACAGUGGAACCCACCAGAGGGUCUACAUGGAGUUGAUGUUACCUACACUGUGCAGUAUUUCAUAUAUGGACAAAAGAAAUGGCUGAAUAAACCCGAAUGCAGAAAUAUCAAUAGAACCUUCUGUGAUCUUUCUGCUGAAACCUCCGACUAUGAACACCAGUAUUAUGCCAAAGUGAAGGCCAUUUGGGAAACGAAUUGCUCCAAAUGGGCUGAAACUGGCCGAUUUUAUCCCUUUUUAGAAACACAAAUUGGCCCCCCAGGCGUUGCUCUGACUCCUGAUGAGAAGUCCAUUUCUAUUGUCCUGACGGCUCCAGAGAAGUGGAAGAAAAAUCCAGAAGACCGUGCUGUGUCCAUGCAACAGAUAUACUCCAACCUGAAGUACAACGUGUCCGUGUACAACACCAAAUCCAAAAGAAUGUGGUCCCAGUACGUGACCAACCACACGCUGGUGCUCACCUGGCUGGAGCCGGCCACUCUGUACUGUGUGCGUGUGGUGUCGUUCGUGCCGGGGCCGCCUCGCCCUGCUAAGCCUUCCGAGAAGCAGUGUAUCAGUACAUUGCAAGAUCAAACAUCAGCGCUAAAGGUUAAAAUCAUCUUCUGGUAUGUUUUGCCAAUAUCUGUGGCCGUGUUUCUCUUUUCUGUGAUGGGAUAUUCCAUCUACCGAUAUAUCCACGUUGGCAAAGAGAAACACCCAGCAAAUUUGAUUUUGAUCUAUGGAAAUGAAGUUGACAAAAUAUUCUUUGUGCCUCCUGAAAAAAUCAUGAUUAAUUUUAUCACCCUCAACAUUCUGGAUGAUUCUAAAACUCCCCAGAAGAAUAUGAGUUUCCUGGAAGAAGGUAGGGAUGGAUUCAGCCUUAAGGAUUCAGAUCCCAGCUGGGAGCUGGAGUCCCAGCAGGAGGACAUAGAGGUGAAACACUUCGGGUAUGCAUCACAUGUGGUGGAAAUUUUCUGUGACUCUCGGAAAAGCCCCAGAAGCUCUUCCCUAAUCCAGCAAGAGUCACUGAGCAGAACGAUACCCAGAGAUCAAACUGUCAUGGAAGAUGAAUAUGAUAUAAAAAACGACAUUUGGUGGGAACACAGAGAUCAGAAGGAGGCAGCCAUACAUGGAAUGCCACUCAUGCAACAGGUAGCUCUGGCAAACUUGGAUCUACAAAUGUUACUGCAUUCAUAUACCCCUCAGCUUAGAGACUUGGAGCACCUGGCACAGGGGCAAAGAGACUCAGAAGAGGAGCCGGAGGAGGAGCCAUCGAUGACAGUGGUGGAUUGGGACCCUCAGACUGGCCGGCUGUGUAUACCUUCCUUACCUAGCUUUGACCAGGAGCCCAAGGGCUGUGAGCAUUCCGACUGUGAUGGACCCAUGGAGGAGAGCCUGCUAUCCAGGCUCUUUGAGAAGCAGGCAGCUGACAAGACACCCGAAGAAGAGGAAGCCUAUCUCAUGCAGUUUAUGGAGGAAUGGGGAUUAUAUGUACAAAUGGAAAACUAACCCAAGAGCUCCCUUUCCCCCAUCCUCUACUGGGCCAAGGCAUGGGAGUGCAAGCAAAUGCAUGGCCCAGCAAUAAAGUGCCUGGGAUAAGAGAAGUUUGUUCAGAUUUGUCACUACCAUGAGGACUUGUUUCUGCUCUCUGUUCUCCAGCCCUUGUUUUUUUCUUGCCUCUUGUGAGCGAUUGGCUCAUGCAUGCAAGUCUCAUGCUGAAGGCCCACGGAGUGCCGCUGCUUCGGACAUCAUCAGCACUCAACAAAUGCUUUCCAGACUGGCUGCAGAAUUUAUCCAAGAGGAUGUACUGUGGUCCCUUUGUUUAUUAGUUUCUAACAAGCACACUUCUGCAAUUAAGUAUUUAUCAUAUGUAUAAGAAUUUCAUAAAGAUCAAUCAUUUUAUAAAUACCACUUUUUGAGAAUUAGGUACAUUGUGAGAAUGAUGAGACCCUUAAAACUUGCAAAUAUCACUAAGUCGAGGGUAAGGACCACUGACUGCUAUGCAAUCAUAGAUAAUCCAUGUUUAGGGUGAAUAAGCCAGGCACACACCUUCACGAGAUAGCAUGCUAUGGGCUACCGUAGGAGGCUAUAUUUAAUACUUUAUGAGUAGUUCUGGCAUAUAAACAUAAAAUAUUGUUCUUUUGUAGUAAGAAAAAGAACCAUAAUUUAGUGGGGGCUUUUUGUUGUCCUUAAUAAGAGAAGAAUUCUGUGAUGCUCUAAAUUUAAUCAUAGCCCAGAGGGUGGAAGAGAGGCAAGACAGAGGAGGUUAGUACAUUGACAGGUGCUAACGUGGCAGCAACAUGAGCAUUGGUUCGAGUCCCGGCUGCUCCACUUCUGACCAGCACCCCACUAAUAUGCCUGGGAAAGCAGCAGAAGGUGGCCCUCAAGUGCCUGGGUCUCUACCUGGGGAGACCCGGAUGGAGUUCCAGGUUCCUAGCUUUGGCCUGGCCCAGCCCCAGCUGUUGCGCCCAUUUGGGUAUUGAACCAGCAGGUGGAAAAUCUCUCUCAGGGUUUCUCCCUCUUUCUUUGUAAUUCUGUCUUUCAAAUGAGUAAGUAAAUAUUAAAAAAAAAAAACUAAAAGCAACAAAAGACUGUUUUGCAUUAUUAAUGUAGGUUAAAACUUUAGCUCAAAUCCUAUCAGGAGCCCCUAGUGCCGCUGCAUGCUGCUUACAUCCCACACAACCCAGGAGCAACAAGUUCUUGUGGACGGUCCUCCUACCCCCAGACAUUCCCUGCUUUCUGCAAUCCUGCCCUCUUACCUGUAGCAAUGCAGGUUCAAUGUAAAUAGCUCAUGGCUUCCUGCCCAAAUUUUUUGUUCUAGAAAUGUUCUUAGCUCUAGGUCCAAUGGGCAUUUUUGUAACUGCUGGUUAGCCUUGCCUCUGGUAGUUGUGGGAGCUUGUCGAAGGACCUGUUCCUCUUCUGGCUAGCAUCUGUUAAGUUACAAUAAAUUCUUUUAUUUCAGAUA